AUGGUCGGCUCCUACUCCAAGAAACGCAAAGUAACGGAUGGCAUGCGCGGCAAAACUGCCCGCCCGAAGAAAUUCCGCAAACAGCUUGACUACCACAGCAGCUCCGAAGACGAGGACGACGGCAGCAACUUCAAGGCUGUCAAUCUUGCCGACUCCGACUCUGAAGAUGAUGGCGGUGUCUCUGUGACCAAGAAGCCUCUUCCCAAGGCGAAACUCACCAAGUCGAUCUCGGUAUCAAAGCCAAAAUCUAAAAAGCAAGACGAUGCUAGCGACGAAGACCAGGAGAACGAGGAUGAGGAUAACGAGGAUGCUUCUGGUUCCGAAGACGAUGAGGAACAGUCUGAUUCGUCUGCCUCAGAUGCUGGCACAAAUCAAAAGAAACGCGCUGUGUCCAAGCGUAACGAUCCUACCGCCUUCUCUACUUCCAUCUCAAAAAUUCUUUCCACCAAGCUCUCAUCAUCUGCUCGUGCGGAUCCAGUCUUGUCACGAAGCCGAGUUGCUGCAGAUGCCAGCUCUGAAUUUGCCAACGAAAAGCUCGACAAGCAGGCCCGCGCCAAGCUUCGUGCUGAGAAGAAAGAGGAGCUCGACCGUGGCCGUGUCCGCGAUGUAUUGGGCGUGGAAAGAGGACUUGCCGGCGCCGUAGCGGAGGACGAAAAGCGAUUGCGCAAAAUGGCUCAACGUGGUGUUGUGAAGCUGUUUAAUGCCGUUCGGGCUGCCCAAGUUCGGGGUGAAGAAGCUCUGAAGGAAGAGCGCAAGAAGGGUACUAUUGGUAUGGGAGAACGGGAGAAGGCUGUCAACGAAGUCAGCAAGCAAGGAUUCCUCGACCUGAUCAACGGCAAGAAGGGAAAGCCGCUGAACAUUGAGGAGGCGUGA